AUGGCCUCCUCUCACAUUGUUGGCGUCCAUUAUAGAGUCGGCCAAAAAAUCGGCGAAGGUUCCUUUGGAAUCAUCUUUGAAGGAGUCAAUCUACUUGACAACACCCCGGUGGCCAUCAAGUUCGAGCCCCGCAAAUGUGAGGCCCCACAACUUCGUGACGAGUACCGUCUGUACAAAGUGCUCAAUGGACUGCCUGGCGUCCCACGCGUUUAUUUUUUCGGUCAGGAGGGCGUCCACAACGUCUUGGUCAUGGACCUUUUAGGCCCUUCUCUUGAAGAUCUCUUUGAAUGGUGUGGUCGUCGAUUCCUGAUUUCAACCGUGGUGCUUGUUGCAUGUCAGAUGAUCCGUCGGAUCCAAACCCUUCAUGAACAUCUGUUGAUCUAUCGAGACAUCAAACCCGAUAACUUUCUUGUUGGUCGCCCUGACACCGCAGCACUGCAAGAGGUCCACAUUGUUGACUUUGGCAUGGCCAAACAAUACCGUGACCCUCGUACGCUCCAACACAUUGCCUACCGUGAACGCAAGGCCCUUCUGGGAACCGCCCGGUACAUGUCCAUCAACACCCAUUUGGGCAUAGAACAGCUGAGAAGAGACGAUCUCGAGAGCUUGGGCCAUGUGUUCAUGUACUUCCUCCGAGGCCUGCUCCCCUGGCAGGGGCUCAAGGCCCCGACCAAUAAGCAGAAAUACGAGAAAAUCGGCCUCAAGAAGCAACUGACCCUGGUGGCAGACUUGUGUGCCGGGUUCCCCGUUCAAUUCGCUCAAUACUUGGCGUAUGUCCGUGGCUUGAAGUUUGAUGAAACUCCAGAUUACGACUACUUGGUCGCCUUGAUGGAACGUGCGCGUGACAGUGACCAUCGUACCGUGCUGUCCACCGAGACCGCCGACAGUGAGGCCACCGCCGCCACCGCUGGCUCCGCGCUGGCCACGUCCGUCCACUACGAUUGGAUGGACCUCAACAAUGGCCGCGGCUGGGACGCCGCCCUCAACAAGAAAACAAACCUCCAUGGCUAUGGGAACCCGGCCCCUCGACGUGCCAAGGUCACCCUGAAGCUCGUUCUGAAGCAACGCGCCGUGCCGAACUAUGGGGCUGUUCCACCGCCCGGCCGCGACGUCCCGCGCCACGCCAGCAAUGGCAACAACGCCAACGACGACUUGUACUCCGACAGUUCCUCGUUUGCCCGUAGAAAGCCCUGUUGGAGGUUCUGGUGCUGCAUCUAG